AUGGGACAAGUAACGAGCUGUGAUGAUGGAAAGACAGGUAUUGAAAUUGAUUGGCGGUCAGAUGACUUUUCGGUUUUUACCUGUCCGAACCAGAUCCGUUUUGCGAGAAGAGAAGUAGAUCCGAGCCUUUAUGAAAUCCCGGAUUUCGAUCCGAAAAACGAUCAGGUGGCGCAUAAAUGUGUCAGCGAAAAGAUUGAAUACAAAGAUAGGAUCCCGUUGAGAGGAGACCACAGGCCGAAUUGGCCGAGAUAUGGUGAAUACCUUUAUGUACCUCCGCAGCGGUGGUUGCACAAUUUGGAGCACGGUACCAUCGUACUGCUCUACCAUCCAUGCGUCGAUUUGUCGGAACUGGACAAGUUGCGCCAUUUGGUGACCGGGUGCUUGUGGCGCCAUAUCGUUACGCCGUAUAAUAAAUUGAGCGAGGAGAGGCCUCUGGCAUUGGUGGCCUGGGGUGCAAGACUGGAAAUGAAUGAAGUGGAUGAAAAGGCGACGCAGAUGGCUGUUGAGUUUAUCCGGAAACACGCUCACAUUGCCCCCGAAGACAUCGCCCGAGAUGGAAUUUAUGACCACUACCUACUACAACCGGCUCGGGUAGUAACUGAUGCCACAGACUCGACAAUCUGCCCCAAUUUCCCGUCACCACCAACGACUCCAGGCUCCGUAGUGUUACCCACCGGAAUCACGACUGGACGA